CACGUCCCCCCAGUCUAUAUGUUAAAAGAAGCCCUGCCUCGUUCCCAGUGCCACAAUACGUGGCUCUAUGUAAAUUUUUCCUGAAGAUAUAACCGAAUGCAUAGUUUAUGGAAACGCUGACAAUAUCGUGUAAAAAGAGUAAUAUUUUUCUAUCUAAGAAGAGCAUAACAGGAACAAAUUUGCAUUGGCAAAAUAGUGUAAUAAUAAUGUUUCAAACACAUUAAUAUUGUUUUGAUGCAGACUUCAUAUCAACAAUAAUCUUUGUGAGGACGUGAAAAAUAUUGUAACAGAUGAUACAGAGAGUGACCUAGAGAAAACAAUGCAGGUAAAUAAACAUUUGAGGAAUAAACUCGAUAAAGAUUUCGCACGUAUAAACAGGGCGGCAACGUGAGGCGGCGGGAGCAGCCAUUCUGUUGAGAAAAACUCAGAAGCGUUAAAUUCAGAAGGAACAAAGCACUAGUUGUGAUUACACACUCAGUUAAAUCAGUUGGAUUAUUUGCAAGAUAUAGUAUAUAUGUUCUUGUUUUGAUAGAAAUCUCAACUAGUGAUGCACAAUUACUCAGCCUAGUGAUGUGUAUGUUGCUCAAAAUAUAACAUGAGUGAUAAUAUAAGAACAGGCAAGACAAGAAAAAACUCUAAAUAAGAGUCUUAAAAAAAUAGAUAGCUACAGAAUCCGUAAUGCCAAGAAUUUCUAUCAUUACUUUGCAAAAAAACGUUUUAUACCAUAGUAAAUGUUGUAAAUGGCGGUAAACUUGCUAAUCUCAUUGAUGUUUCUGAAUACAUAAAUCUUUGAAUGUUUGCAUCGGGAUGAAAUGUUUGAAGGUACCACAAGUUCCUGAAAUUGUUUAUUAUAAUUUACAACCACUCAUGGGUUCACAGCACGGAAACGCGUCGAAACGACCAUACUGUCGAAUAGAUUAAUAGAAUUUCACAUGGUACUUACUGCACCAAAUGUAUUUUCCCACCUUGUCAAUUUGUUUGUCAUUUAUAUCUUUUGUCACUAAACAUACUUUCAAGUUUUUUUUCACUAAUAUAACACAUACAACAAAACGGAUUCCUUUCUAGUAAUGAAUUAAUAAAGUUUAUUGCUCGCGAUUAAUUGAGUGCCUUGCUUACAAGAAAAAAUAAAAUAAAGUAAUAUACAUAAAAAUAUUACUCAACUGUGAUUGGUUGAUUUCAGUGCAUUUAAUCCCAAAUAGCAGUGCAAUUUCUGUGAUCACAGUGCAAUUUUUUGUAAUCACAGUGUAAUUUUCUGUAACACAGUACAAAAAUCUGUAACAAACUGAUCUGAUUGGUGGAAAAACAAUGUGAUUGCUUCAACCCAUAAAAUCAACCGGUCACAGAUUGCUUCAAGACAAAACAAACACGGCGCCGCGCUACAUAAAGUAAAAGUUGAAUUCGGUUGAAAAAUAUGACUUUUAUUUUUUUUUAAAUGGAAAAGCCUUUACCUUAAACAAGACUAACAAAACUUGCAUAGUUGAGUGGAAUUUUCUAACGUUAUAUAAUGUGAUGUAACAAAGCCAGGAAAACUUUGCCAGUGGAAUGUUCGCUAUAAAGUUAAAACUACAAUUGGCAUUGUCUCCAAUAUUCAGUUAGGCAAUAUUCAUAGUUUCAUGUAAAUUAUUGAAAAGUAAUAGCAUAGUUUCUCGUGAAAUUUGGAUAAACAUGCACUCGUGAGUUUCUCAAAGACCUCAAAUAGCACUCGUCCUUCCGUUCUCGGGGUGCAUGUUAUACCCAAAUUGCACUCGAAGCCAUGUUAUUACCUAUAUACAAAUAGCAUUUUCAGCCAGAUGAACAGUACAACAUUAUGUUAUUAGAUUCAAAGAUUGGCAUCGAAACAAAAAGAUUUUCAAGUCGGAUUAAAAUUGUACCAAGAAAUCCAUUCUGUCACUACAAGAAGUUAUAACAACAUUGGAAAUGCACAACGUAAGAUGAAAGAUUACAAGUCCGCAUUGCAAGUCGAAGAGGAUGAAAAUUCGAAUCGUAAUAUUGUAGCAGAUAAGGCACUGCAAUAUCGCACUUUACUUUCAGAUCUGAAUUUAGAAUCUAAUUCAAAAUUAACUUUAAAAAAAGCACGAACAGUUGAUAAUCAUACACUAAAAGCAAACAAGCUAACAUCCCCAGAUCAAAUUCCUGAUUACAUCUUGAAAACACUAAUGAUAGUUAAUCAUCAUGCACGUGAAUUUAAAUUAAAAUGUGUAAGCGCAGAUAGUGAUUCUGAUGAUAGCGAUACUGAAUAUGGAAUCAAUCCGAUGGAUGCAUUAUUGGCUAUUUUUCACUGCUCCGAUGAUUUUUUGCGACGAGAUAUUGCCACAAAAUUGUCUGCUUGUCAGCUUAGUGUUCCGUUUCUUCUGCCAGACCCUGUGGCGCCUUCGGAAAAUGUCACAAUUUUGCUCACGGCGUUAGGAAGCAUCACAAAAUCUUGGAAAGGUUCUUUCAACAACAGCAACGGUGCACAGCAAGUGUUCGCAACGGAAUUUCCGUUUCCUGUGGUCUCUUUCAUUCGCAUUGGCAAAAAUACUAUACCAAAAUCAUCGUUGAUAAAUAAAAUUAUGAGCGACGGCAGCGGAGCUCAUGACGUGUUUUUUCACAAAGGUAUGAUAGGUGGCAACAUUGAAAGAAAAAUCGUCGAUGGAUUGGUUGAAAUGGCCUGGUAUCUUCCUGGCGGAAGCGAGGACCAAACAUUACAGAAUGAAAUUUGCUUUGCAAAUCUGCGAGGAGACGGCAGAGAUUUCAAAAAGCAGCUAGAUUUCAUGUCAAAGAUUUCAUCCGUAUUAUGUCUCUUAAUGAUGUCGGAAUAUCUGGAUGAAACCAAAACAGUAAUUUUGGACAUGGCAACGACUUCCCAAGCAAAAGUCAUAAUUAUCUUCAACGAAAAAACCCAAGAAGGAGCAAAAAAAUACUUCAGUGACUUAAGAGAAAGAAACCGUGAACAGGUAACCUUGAUAACCUAUGCCAAAAAAUGGAAUGAAUACGACUUUGUGCGAAGCAUACAAGAGAACAUACAGAAGAAUAUAAAUGCAGUUGAAGCUGUACCUCUCGUGGAGCUUGCGUCUCGUGCGAGUGAAUAUGAUAUCCACUUUGACGGCAGCCUAUCCCGUUCGAGAUUCGAAGAAAGGGUGGACAGUUGGUUGAAAUUGGGAGCCAAGGAUGCCAAAGACCUGCUCAAAUUACAAACGCACGUUCCGGUAUUGGCUGGCUUGGAACGUGAAAUAUAUUGCCCAAGACGCAAGAACAAAUCCAAAUCCAAAGGUAAACGCAUUGACCGAGAUUUGAACGAGAUUUAUGCAGAGGUGGAAGAAGAAAAGAACAAGCAAAAGCAAUCAUUUACUGACAUGGACGAAAGGAUUAGUCAAUGUCUUAAUGAUAUUGCACUGAUGGAUGAAAGUGGUCGAAAUUAUGCUUUAGCCAAGCUAAAGCAUCAGUUAAACAAGAUGUCCCUGCAGAACAUGGCUACUUUGCAUGAAGAAUAUCAUGUUGCUUCUAUAAAUCUCCAAACGAGAAAAGCGGAAGAAGCAACGUCGCCCGAAGAAGAAAAUUUAAAACAAUUGGAAGAAUCGAUCUCAAAAUGCUCGUUUGGUUUAGAACACAUCCUUAGAGAACUUGCGCAGUUGUACCAACUCUCAGAUAUUAGCACAAACGACUAUGAAGGUGCGGCAGCGGAGAUGUUGCUUUCAGGGCACCCUCUCGAGCUAGUAGACGGCGAUUCCUCCUAUAUUCCAAUGCGAUGGUUUGAUGCUGUCUAUGCUAAACUAGAAAGCAAGACAAACAACGCCAAGAUAUUUGUUAUUUCAGUUCUAGGAAUUCAAAGUUCGGGUAAGUCGACAAUGUUAAAUACAAUGUUUGGACUAGAAUUCCCAGUCAGUGCUGGUAGGUGUACUCGCGGAGCUUUUGCCAGUCUUAUUCCUGUUAGUGAUUCUUUGAAGACGGCAUCAAAUUUCGAUUAUGUUUUGAUCAUUGACACAGAAGGUCUUCGAGGAUCUGGAGAUCCACAGUUGCGAGAGCAUGACAAUGAGUUGGCAACUUUUGCAAUUGGUGUAGCCGAUGUAACAAUCGUGAACAUUUUUGGUGAAAAUCAUAAUGAAAUGAAAGAAUUCUUGGAAAUAGCUGUGCAUGCAUUUUUGAAGAUGAAACUUGUCAAAGAAAAGAAAGUUUGUAAAAUUGUUCACCAGAAUGUUGCAGCUACCGAUGCGACAACAAAAUUGGCCUUCGACCGUGUUAAACUGAAAGAGGACCUCGAUAAAAUGGCCAAGGUUGCUGCCACUCAAGAAAACUGUGAAGACCAAAUUCAAAGUUUAAAUGAUAUUAUUUCAUUUGAUGAGAACAAAGAUGUAUUUUAUGUACCAAGCUUUCUCAAAGGCAGUCCACCAAUGGCUCCAGUAAGCCCUAACUAUGGAAGAGCUAUUCAAAGAGUGAAAGAAGACGUAAUUUCGUUGAUGAGUGCUUCCUCUUCACAAAGUUCCAUCUCCCAGUUUCGAGAGAGGGUCAUUAUUCUUUGGAAAGCCAUACUUAAGGGAAAUUUAAUAUCCAGCUUCCGCAAUAUGAUUGAAGUGAGAGCAUAUACGGCAUUAGAUCGAAAAUAUUUCGAAGAAUCCGUGAAUCUGAUGGUGACAGGAAUGGGUGAGCUUGAAAAAAAGAUUCAAGUAGCUCUCAGGAGAAGUACAACCCUAGACGAACGUUUUAAUGUAUGGAGUUCCAGUCAAAUGCAGAUACGCGACGAAGCUGAGGCACUCGGGAAAAAAAUGAAACAAGCAAUGAAGAAAUUUUUUGAAACAAACGAGGAUAAGUCAAUCCUGGAACAAUGGAGGGAAAAUGUUAUGAAUAAGAUUGUACAACACAAAGAAAAUCUGGUGAUGGAUGUAACUAAGAAUUGUAUUGAAAUCUUUCGUUAUUUGCAGAAUCGACAAGAUGUUGAUGAAAAACGUUGACAAGAUGUUGACAAAAUGUUGAUGAGCUUCUUAAGAAAGCAAGAGAGUAGAGGUGUGCAUCGGAUCGGAUUGGACGUUUAUAAUCCGACAAUUGACUAAUGUUUAAAAUCCGAUCCGAUCCGAAAUUGUCUAAUCCGAAUGCGAUCCGAGCUUUGAUAAAGAAUUCCGAUACGAUCGGAAGAAUCCUUUAAUAAAAUAAAUUUCUCAUUCAAGUUGAAAUAUUUAACCAAAUAAAUAUAAAAGCAAGAAAUACAUGUCAAGAAGCUGACAAAGUGACGUCCAAUUGAAGUAUCAAACGAAUAAUGCAGCGACAUCCGCGAUAAUGCUUUAAUAAAUGCAUGGAUAUUUAAUUCUUGCGAUAAUACGUGGAUAAUUAAUUCAUUUUAUUUCGAAUAUCGAAGUCCGAUCCGACUACGAAACAACUUUAUCAAUCCGAUCCGAAAUGUAUAUUUUUGUUCCGAAAUCCGAUCGGAUUCGGAUCGGAUUUGCACACCUCUACAAGAGAGUUUAUUACUUCACGUCAUGACAUGGAAGAUGCAUGGAGAUGCAAUAAGGAAUUUGAGAAAAUAUGGAAACAAAUUUGGAUUAAAGAUGCUCCUCAUUGUGACGAACAUAAACUUAACGUUAACGAUCCGAUGGUACUUGUUUUUUCCAGCACUGAUCCUUAUUUAAGGUUACAGGACACCCUUUUUGGCGUUUUGCGGAAAAUCGCUACUGCGUGCUCAAUAUCAGUCCGAUUUUCAUCAAAUUUUCACUAAAUGUUCUCCAGUGCAUGCAAAAUAUGGUAAAGUUGUAAAAUUAACAAACAAUAAAAUAAUGUAAGAGUUAUUCAGGAAAAUCUUAAAUCGCGGUACCUUCACGCUUUUGAG